GGCGAGAUUUCAAAUUUCUCCUCGUCUCGCUUUGCCGGUGGAAAACCACCUUAAGACACGCACGCUAUGUUGGCGUAUUGUUGCUAUGGCAAUAACAGUAUUUGUCACAACAAUAACGAGGAGAAAUCGAAACCUUUUCAAAAAAGCAUCUUAAAGUUGGAAUUGUAGUAAUUGUAGUCCUUGAACAUAUUUAAUUCCUUAAAAUGACAGAGCAAAUAAAAUUCAUUGUGAAGGAAGUUAACUCAACUCUGGGUAGAAGUUAUGAUCUGAUAAAAUUCGAUGCGUUGGAUGAAAAGCAGCUUUUGCAGCUGCUGGUAGAUUUGCUCGUCAGCUUCAAUGCUGGAGAAAAGUUGGAUAUUCGUGAAGAUGACACAGAAACAGUUUCAGUUCGCCUUUUGGAAAUGCUAGCAAGUGUCAAGUAUCGACCACCACAGGGAGUGGAACCAUCUCGAUUUCGUGCCCAACUUUUAGCUGGUGAUUCGAGGACUAUCCACCACGUCAUGCAUUGGCUUCUUCUUAACAAGAACCAAGUCCAAAAUACUGCUUAUUUGGCCAAAUAUUUGAAAAUCCCCGAUAUUCCAAGUGAUGUGGCCCGAAACAAUAAUAUUCAAGAUCUUCUUGAUUUGUAUCAGAAUUUAAUAGACGAGUUCAAAGAGGUGCAUAAAAGAACGAGAAUGCUCGAGAAGGAAAAUGCUUCUGAAAUUAUUAAUGACAUAAAAGAAAUGGCGGUUGAGCGAGAUAUUGUAAUAAAGAGAUUGGAAAAUGUUCAAGUAAAUCUAAUGGGCGUUAGUGACAAAGAAGAGUUAUUAACCGUUAGUAAAGCUUUGAGAGUUCAACAGGAAAAGACAAAAGAAUUGGAAAAUCAGUAUGAAACGCAACAAUCCCAACUUAAAAUUGCAUCGGAUCAACUAAAGCGUUACUUAAAUGUAAUACACGGUCAGAGCGCGACGCCGAAAUCGGUUAACGACGUGAUCAAACAUUUGCAAGAGGAAAUACAGUUGAACAGCUAUCUCGUAAACGAGAAACUGCCUCAAGAGAGCGCACAUCUACAAAAAGAACUGAACAUCAUGCAGUCCAUUGCUACCGAGCAACAUCCGACUCGUGCUGAUCUGGUUACCGUACAAGACAAGAUUGCAGCAGUAAACAGUGAGCUGGAGCACAUAGUGCAGCGUAAGCUGGCCGCUGCAGGUCCGCAAGAGGACAAGCUGGCUCCAUUUAGGCAGCAGGCGGCAGUGAUUCGUAGGAACAAGGAGGCAAGUGCCACGCGGGUUCAUGAGCUUGCCGCCACGCUUAAGGACCACGAAGCUACUUUAGCUGAUUUACAGUCACAGGUUAAACUGCUCCUGGGCGACACAGUGCUGCGGGGUGAAGAAUUGAAGAAAUACGUCAGUACCCUGCGCACAAAGAGCACCGUCUACAAAAGGCAGAGAGCCAAUCUCUCAACGUUCAAGGUGGAAGCUGGAAUUUUAGCGAGGACUCUUCACAUAAUAAGUACGAACGACCCUACAAUAGAAAUGGCGUUGGUAAAUCAUAAAAAAUUGAAAAUUGACGACGAUGACUUGGAAAAGGAAAAUAAGGCCUCAGAUUUGGCAAAAAAAUCUCUACAUGAUUUAUCACAAUUGGUAGCGCAAACUGCGCAAAAGUUGUCGCAAGUACGUCAGGAAAUACAACCCCUAGCGGAUAAAAUUAAACCGAUUAGAGAGGAUUUUCAAACCGUUCAACAACAGUACGAACAAAAGAAGCGAGUUUACGAAUCGACUUUCAUCAACAUAACAUCUCAAAUGGAACCCUUGAAAAAUCAAGUAAAAGAUUUGACCGAGCAGCUGAAUAGUAAGGAGGAUGAAUGGAAAAACUUGAGACAAAAAAUCACAAAGGCGGAAAGUUUGCAGGAAGUUGUAAUGUUUGAAAUGAAAAACUCAAUGCAGUCGCCACGCAAGCCCUCGAAGAUGGAGGCUUUGAAGAAAAAAGUUAGUGAGAUCGAGCAAGUCGUCAAAAAUCUAGAGGAGGAACAACGAGCUAUCAGUUCUCGACAAGGUUUAGUGGAGGAGCAGACACGGUUAUGGGAGAACACGCUGCAAUUGCUGCGUUCUAAAAUGCGCGCGCGCACCGAGCCAACUGCAAGGCAGGGACGCAUGCACAUCACACAGCAUUCCCAAAUGCUUACUCUCGCUUAG